UUUCUCCCUCCAACACAAGAAUCAAAGACAAAGACCCAACGCCAUCAACCCACACCAUCCCGACUCAACGCCAAUCGAUACCUCUCUACCUAAGAAAGAAGAAGAAGAAAAAAGAUAAAAAAUGUCUCAACCAAUACCCCGCAAGAACCCAAACCGCGGACACCAAAGCCAGCAGUCCUACUCACGAUCUCCGCACUCCCACACACACAUGUACACAACGCACUCCCACACCCAACACCCACACAGCCACAGCCACUCGCGUAACCGAUCCCAACAACUACGCGCCGAAGCCGCCGAGCUCCAGCAAUUCCAUCAACACCAGCACUACACCGGCACCGGCACAGGCGCGGGUAUAACAUCCGACUACGAAUCCGACACCGCGCGAUACAUGGCCUCGCACCCACCCCCGCCCCCCGCCGCCCUCGCAGCGCGUACAAACACCGAGUUAAACCUAAGCGUGCUCCGCCGGUACCGUCCGGGAAUCACCAGCAUCCUAUCCAUCGCCGCGAACGCCGUAGUAUACGUAUUCACGCCACCAUCAAAAUGGGAUAAAUCGAAUAUGGAAGGGACCAUGUUUAUCUGCGCCCAGACCCCCAACCCUAACAGCGACGAAGACUCCGACCCCGAAAACGCGGCUAGCGAUGGUUGUCUCUUCGUGUUAAACCGCAAGGGUCUAAUCAAUUUGAUUAUCGAUUUAUCAGAUGUAUCCGAUUUCGAACUCGCGACUGGCCUGCUCAUUUUUAAGAUGGAUGGCGCGGGCGUCACGGUGCCGAUGGAGAAUGAGGAGUCGGUUAGGUCGAAGGUGCUUAGUUUAUGGGUAUACUCUGAAGAUGAGAAUGAUCGGAGGACGAAUGCUGCGCUGGUACAUGAGUUGUGGAGUAAAGCGCGCGCUGCUCGUGAGGAGGUUGAUGUUGAUGUUGAGGAUACGGAGGAUGCGUCCGGGGAUGUGUCUACAAGUACUUCGCCUGGUGAUGAUGAUGAGGUUGCGUUGCCUAUGGCGCAGGCUGGUCGACAGCUUAGUUUAUCUGAGUUGUUUGGACGCAAUAUGAAUGGUAUCGGCGGAAUCGGGGGCGCCUAGGUUGAUUAGGCACGAAAGGUUGAGACACGGCUAUCACAAGUCGAGAACUUUAAGGGGAAAACAUUGGCGACAACAAUGGAUGGAUGAACGAGGGUUAUAUCUGGCGUUAGGAGGGAAGAUACCCCGAUAGGCAUUGGUUUUAGUAAUAGGAAUACUAUUCGUUGUGAAUCUCAUAAGAUAUCAUGAGUAUACGAACAACGUCCCUUGAUCUUUCAAGGCUUCUUGUGAUCCCAGCCUCAUGGCUAGGCAGGUUGUCCUAGUGCUAGCAACAGAAAUCCUGUUAAAUGGACGUACAGUAUUUUCCCCGUAAGGUACCUUAAUCUUCCUAAUCAACCUAACCUCGCCCCUAUCCUCAUACCAACGACUAUUACAUAAGCAUCUAGACAUCUUUAUACAACAGACAAGUUAUACCCUAGGAAGAUAGCUUCAUAUGAAUUUACGAAAGUCCAUCAGCCCUACCUACCUGAUAUUAUCCAUAAUCGGGGUAUAAUCCAUGCGAAGAACAUCAAACACCACUACACCUCACGUGCCAAAAUCAAUGGACGGUUCAACUAACAUUACUUCCAAGACAUAGGUAGGUUAGGUAUUCCACGAUUAAUUAUGUUUAUUUUUUUCUUUUGCUUUUUCUUUUUGGUAUAGGUUAACUAUAAAUAUUGAUCC